AUGGUCAAAAACUAUUCCAAUGCGGCGACUGGACACGGGGGAAGUUCUCCGCCCACUGUAAUUAUCGACAUCGGCACGGUGGUACAGCAAUGGUGGCAGGAUGAAAGCAUCUAUAGAAAAUCUGAAGCCAUGGUUAGACAUCUAGAGGAAGCGAUUCUGAGCUUGGAAAGGAGAAAGUCUUUGAAGCCAACCCACUACGACUACACUGACUACGAAAGGGGGAAGAAUUUGUUAUUCGACACCUUGAAGCCAAGGGUGUUUGACAACCUGGCCAGCAGAAAGACGUUUCUCCGGCGAAAACUGAAGAAGUUUAAACAGCAAAUCCUCAAGCUCACUGGCCUCAGCUUCUGUCAAGCGCGUCCCCGGCUGAAUAUUCGGGGCGAGGCGUUCAACAGCUAA